AUGCCGGACCUCUCGCACCUCACGCCCGAGGAGCGCGCCAUCAUCGAGGGCGUCAUGAUGCGCCAGAGGCAGGAGGAGCAGCGCGAACACGAGAUUAUGAGGUGCGCCCCACGACCCACGCCCACCAGCCAGGACUCCGCAACCAAAGACUCGGGCAUCGAUACCUCUAGCACUUUCACCUCCAGUGAAGAUUCCAAUAGAGGCGAUUGCCCAAAGUUCCCGCUGAACUGGCAAGUGUCAAUGGACGGGACGCGUAUGAUCGGGCACAUGGUGCUACGCAAGAGCGUAGUGGAAGGCAGCUCGCAUUCUUCCGCUGCUAUUCUGGGCCUCAAGGUGGUGGGCGGCAAGAUCCUGCCCGAUGGAACUCGCGGCGCCAUCGUCGAGAAAGUCAAAAAAGGCUCAAUAGCUGACAUAGAAGGACAGCUUAAGAUAGGUGACGAAGUACUCCAGUGGAAUGGCGUGCCACUGCAGGGCCGCAGCGCGGAGGAAGUCGCUGCUGUAGUUGCCAACAGCAAGCACGAUUCGCACGUCGAGCUAGUGGUCACUCGGCCUUUUUCCGCAGCACGCACGCCCUCGCAGCCAUGGAGGACUCAUAAAGAGGUAUACACGGAAGUGAUGGGUGGUUGCGAAAAGCCGAGCGUACUGGUGACGUCUCCGGGCUCUCCCGACCUGCACUCUCGCCGUCGCUCUGGAAGACACAACUACACCGCCAACGUCGCCGGACGCAUACAGUUGAAGGUGUACUUCGACAUCACGGCGCUGCAGCUGCUGGUGACGGUGGUGUCGGCAAGCGGGCUGACGCCGCGGCCGGACGGCUCGCCACGCUGCCCCUACGCCAAGAUAUUCCUGCUGCCCGACAAGAGCGAAAAGAGCAAGCGCCGCACCAAGACCCUCGCCAACACGCUCGAGCCGCGCUGGAACCAGACCUUCGUCUACUGCGGAAUACGGAUAGCAGAUAUCAAGAAGAGGGCCUUAGAGGUCACCGUUUGGGAUCUCAAUCGUUACGGUCCUAACGACUUCCUCGGGGAGGUUCUUUUGGACUUGGACAGUGUUCUUAUGAAUCACGAACCUAACUGGUAUUUACUGAAGGCUCACGAGGAUAUCAGUUUCAGUGUGUAUCAAAUGUUUAUGUGUGAACGCGGUGUAGGUUGGGAGCGUCACUACGCGGGCCUGUCGGACUCGGAGCUGGCAGCGCGGGGCGGUGGCGGGGGCGGCGGCGCGGGCGGGGGCUGGGCGCCGCGUCGUCGGCUCUCGCCUGACGCCGCUGCAGGGGACUCUGACCUCGAGUCUGUCGCCUCCGUCACUUCUAGCGCCUUCAGCACACAGUCCGAGCGGCCGCGGCCCACACGCAUGCUCAGCGAUGACACGGACGCAUAUAAUCUUAGUGCUAACCUUGCAUUUAGUGUCAACCUGGACGAGACCCAAUACGAUGAGCCAAUUUCACAAUACUACGGAUACGAGAGUGAUGGUAGCAUAGCCGAAACUACAAUCCAUUUCACCAGGAGUCUGAGCAACACCGACGCUCCAGACGAGAAAGCAGAUGGCAGCCUAAGCGACACGGCAAUCGGAGGCAACAGCGAGAUGGAGCCUACCAGCGACGACGCCUUGCUGAAAGCUGAGCCCAGAGACUAUUUCGGACCUGGAAUGGGAAAGAAAAGCAACUCAACGUCGCAGUUAUCCGCUACCGGACGAAAAAGAAGGUUAGGUUUUGGUAAGCGGGGGAAAAAUUCGUUUACUGUACAACGAAGCGAGGAGGUGGUGCCCGGGGAGAUGCGGGGCGGGGCGGGGGUGUCGCGCGCCUCCUCCGCCUCCAGCGAGAACGAUGACGACAGAUGGUCCCCUGGGAUGCGAGGGUCUGGGUCCUCGGACGGUGGAGGGCUGUCGGACUUUAUCGACGGCCUAGGUCCCGGCCAGCUAGUGGGCCGGCAGCUGCUCGGCGCGCCCACGCUAGGAGACGUCCAGCUUUCUAUGUGCUAUCAGAAAGGAUUCUUAGAGGUGGAGGUGAUCCGUGCGCGGGGGCUUCAAGCGCGGCAGGGCAGCCGCACGCUGCCGGCGCCCUACGUGAAGGUGUACCUGGUGAGCGGCAAGCGCUGCAUCGCCAAGGCAAAGACCAGCACCGCACGACGCACGCUAGACCCGCUUUACCAACAGACGCUUACCUUUAGAGAAAACUUUAAGGGAUGCAUUCUACAGGUAACGGUGUGGGGCGACUACGGUCGCAUCGAAGGCAAGAAAGUGUUCAUGGGCGUGGCGCAGAUAAUGCUAGACGACCUCAAUCUUUCCAACAUUGUCAUAGGAUGGUACAAACUUUUCGGAACUACUUCUUUGUAACUAUCGGUUGGACGACUUGUUCGUUCAGGCGUCAUGUAUAUCAACACAAUAAAAAUUAAAUUUGUCCAUAUAAUAACUAGUGGUACUGCUUUAAUAUCAUAAUAAAAUGCAAAAUAUCUUAAAUAUAGGACAUUUUCUAUAAAACAAAAGUUAUAAAGAUUUGUAUUUUAAUUUCGGUUUAAUUUCUUUGGGACGCCUACCGAUUACUUGACUAGCAUUUUAUAGCAAAAAAAAGACAAAGUGUAUAGUGUAAUCGAUAAUUAUGUAUAAGUAUUAAAAAGCCAAAUUCA